AUUGUGGCCCUCUUUGUCUGUGUCACUAUCACGUGUGUGUAUAGGAGAGGCGUACACUUCAGGCUGAAAGGCGGAGCAGUUCCAAUUGUUUGGCGCCCUUAUUUCCACGCCUCGAAUCAUAUGUUUCUCUACCUGUAUGUUAUGCUCCUACUUCCCAUGCAAAUUGAGAAAACUCUAGAUAUCAACUAAACCUAAAACCACCCCAACACCGAUUUUGAUAUUCUCCAUUUUCAUUCAAUUCAAACUGAUCGCAACCCCUUCACCCAAACUCAAUUUCCAUAAUUGAGGGGAAAAAAGGGUAGAUAGCAGUGUCAAACUUGGCCUCCUCCAUCGCAAAAUUCAAAUAUGGGAUGAUUUUGUGAACCCAAAGUCCCUUAUGAUUGAUCGGAGGGUUUUUUAAUAAAAUAAGACAAUUCUAAAUAAGGAAAAUCCUAAAUGGUGGGAGGGUCGAGGCAGAGUCUACCUUCGUGGAUUAGCGCAGCAGCGGCGUCCAGAGUCGAUAUUAAUGGGAAUGUUUCCUCUGAUUCAGAGACAAUGUUUUCUUCUAAAGCUGUUAAAAAGGAUGAUUCCAAAGCGGUGUCGUUAGAUGCCAAUUUAGGUUUUAUGGAGAGGGCCAUCUCUGCAGCUUGUGCCGCCGUUGUCUCCGCCAUCAUCGUUAACCCUCUUGAUGUCGCCAAGACAAGGCUGCAAGCACAGGCUGCUGGAGUUCCUAAUCAGGGAUUAUGUGGAACUGAAUGUUUGGACGCAAAUGCGGAGCUUCCGGGUCUAAAACAUACACUACCUGGUUCUGAAACAAUGUGCACUUCAGAAUGUAACAGGUAUAAGGGAACGCUGGAUGUCUUCAGUAAAGUCAUUCGCCAGGAAGGAUUUGGAAGACUGUGGAGAGGCACAAAUGCAAGCUUAGCUUUGGCUGUGCCAACUGUGGGAAUCUACUUGCCUUGUUAUGACAUUUUCCGGAAUCUAAUGGAAGAUUUUACAAAUCAGAAUGCUCCAGACUUGACACCAUAUGUACCAUUAGUUGCAGGGUCGGUAGCACGCUCAUUAGCUUGCGUUACUUGUUACCCUGUGGAGUUGGCAAGGACUCGUAUGCAGGCAUUUAAAGAAGCCCAAAAUGGUGCAAAGCCUCCGGGAGUGUGGAAGACACUAAUUGAGGUGAUCAACCCAGUUACGAGCUCAAACAACCUUCAAAAGAGGCAAAGUUAUCGCAUAUUGUGGACUGGCCUUGGAGCACAACUUUCUCGUGAUGUUCCCUUCUCUGCAAUAUGCUGGUCAACCCUUGAGCCUAUCAGGAAAGGAAUUCAUGAUCUUGUGGCUGAUGAAGCCACGGUAGCCAGUGUCCUUGGGGCAAACUUUUCUGCUGGUUUUGUUGCAGGAACUCUGGCAGCUGCUGCUACGUGCCCAUUAGAUGUUGCAAGGACCAGAAGGCAGAUAGAGAAGGAUCCAUCCAGGGCAUUAAAUAUGACUACAAGACAAACAUUACGAGAAAUCUGGAGGGAUGGUGGGGUGAAGGGACUGUUCACAGGAAUCGGGCCCCGUCUUGCUCGUGCUGGUCCUUCUGUUGGGAUUGUUGUUUCCUUUUAUGAAGUUGUCAAAUAUAUCCUACAUCAUAGACACCAAGUAAACUAAUUGAGGUUGAUUCCCUCAGUUCGUCAAUUGGGGGCGAAGUUACCAUUGACCAAACGUGUGGAUAAAUAUGCUUGCGACUAGCGAUGCUGAUUCGCAGCAGAAAGUUUAGGUGCAAGUUUAUUCUGUUGAAGCAGCAGAGCACAUUACCAUUUGGACAACAAUAAAUCCCCUUUUUGGGGCCUGGAAUUUACAGGAUAGGUGUUUCUUAAUAAUGCGAACUCUUUUAAGUUGUUCUAUGUAAACGCAGCUCUUAAGUUGAAUUGAUUUAUGUGCUUAUCUUCAA